UCAUGUGACCUCACCGUUGCCUCCGUGACGCGCCGAGCAGAGCCGAGUCCUGUUUUGCGUUUCAAUCUGUGUAGCGGUGCCGCGCCGCCUUCAACCUGACAUGACUACGAUACGAAAAUAAGAGGUUAGCCGCAAACAGCCAGCCCGACAAGAGAGGAGAGGAGAGGAGCGACCACACGUUAUCUCGGAGUGGGAAGCUGUCAAUGUUGGACUCCCUGAUCUGCCAGCGUUAGGACCCUGACGAAACCACCUGACCCACCAUGAUGGCAUCCAGUGAUGUAGACAUCCGCGGUGAAGCUUCUUUGUUCUCCGAUCAAAAUCCAUCAGAGAUGGAUGCUCUGUGUCCGUCUCCUCCUGGACCAUCCAGACCCCAGCGCAACUACGAGAGGAUCGGAGGACGGACAGGAACCUCUUUUUGUCAGACUCUUAUCCACCUGUUGAAAGGGAACAUUGGUACGGGGCUGCUGGGGCUGCCUCUGGCUGUCAAGAACGCAGGGCUGGUGCUCGGACCAGUCAGUCUUCUGUGUAUGGGAAUUGUUGCAGUCCACUGCAUGAGGCUGCUGGUGAACUGUUCCCACCACCUCAGCGCAAAGAUAAACAGGCCAUCUCUGUCCUACGGUGAGGCCAUGCAGUAUGGGAUGGAAAAUGUGUCGUGGCUGAGGAGACAUUCACAGUGGGGAAAACGGACGGUGGACUUGUUCCUCAUCAUCACCCAGCUGGGCUUCUGCUGCGUCUACUUUGUGUUCCUUAGUGACAAUGUCAAGCAGGUGGUAGAAGCAGCCAACGCCACCACCUUUAGCUGCCAAAUAAACAACACCAAUCAGACCCAGAUCCUGGUUCCCAGCUUCGACUCCCGUCUCUACAUGCUCUGCUUCCUUCCUGCGGUCAUCCUGCUGGUUUUCACGCCCAACCUGAAGUACUUGGCUCCCCUCUCCCUGGUGGCGAACCUGGUCAUGACCGCCAGUUUGAUUCUCAUCUACUUCUACUCGCUCACGAACAUCCCUCAUCCCAUCACCCUACCAAAAGUUGGCAAAGCUAAGGACUACCCUCUCUUCUUUGGGACGGCCAUCUUCGCCUUUGAAGGAAUCGGAGUGGUUCUCCCCCUGGAGAAUAAGAUGCAGAGGCCUCAGAAAUUCACCCUUGUUUUGUACGUGGGGAUGGGCAUCGUCACCUUCCUCUACAUCAGCCUCGGUACCAUAGGUUAUAUGUGCUUUGGAAAUGACAUAGUUGGGAGCAUCACUCUCAAUCUGCCAAACUGCUGGACAUACCAGGCUGUGAAGCUGCUGUACUGCUUCGGUAUCUUCAUCACCUUCGCUCUGCAGUUCUACGUUCCAGCAGAGAUCCUCAUACCUCCUGUAGUGGCUCGUGUGUCGGAGAGGUGGGAGAUAGCCGUCGACCUGCUGCUCCGCACCGUUUUGGUCAUCUUCACCUGUGCCCUCGCCAUCCUGAUCCCGGAGCUGGACCUCGUCAUUUCACUGGUGGGCUCGGUCAGCAGCAGCUUCCUGGCGCUCAUCUUCCCGCCCAUCCUCCAGAUCUUAGCUUUUCACACGGAGGGCCUGUCCCCGCUGGUGACCGCCAAGAACGCCGUCAUCAGCCUGAUAGGUCUGAUCGGCUUCCUCGCUGGGACCUACGUCGCCAUUGAGCAUAUCAUCCUCCGCAACUCGCGCAAACACAAUGACACGCUCUCCUCCUACAUGGUCCAGUGAUGGAGCGAUGACUGUUGGCAGGUGGAAGUAACCCACACAGGCCGUUCUCAAAGCAUUUUAGGGCACAUUUAUCUUUUUUUUUUCUUCUUUGAUUUGCUGCUGUUGGACAUGGCGGCUGUUUUAAGAUGAAUUUGUGACAUGGUUAAGCAGUGUGAAGCUGUACGGAUUCGUGGUGCUCGAUGUUGUGUGUCAUUACGUCACCGCAGUACUACAGUGUCCUGUUGUUCAACCAUUUUGUGCAAUCUAACAGUAACAUGGUAGAAGCUUAAUAAUUCCAUCAGGUUGAAGAUACCUGCAGAAAGGUUUCAGUGAACAGAAUGUUUGUAGAGGUAAUUUAUCGUUUUAACAGGCAGAUUAUGAUCAUGUAUUAAGCGUUUCAGUCCGGAAAUCUACCUCAAUAACUGGUAUAGGUUUGAACAUUCAGAUGAGACGCUGUUGCUAACAUUGAGUUUUAACCAUUAUCCCGAGCAUUUUCUCAUUUCCAGGCUUACCAACCAACCACCAAGUCUUUUAGAAACAGAGGAAAAAUUUCAUUGCACUUUGAUUCAUGCCUUAUUCAGUCAAGCAGUGCACUACGUUGGUAGUAGUAUUAGACGACACGUUACACUUUAAAUCAAGAAAUUAAACAAUCACCGUUGGGGGAAAAAACUACUAAAAUGCUAGAGUUGGGUAUCAGCUGCCCCUUUUCACCAAUGCAAACUGUGUGCCAGUCACUGCAUACACUACCGUUGAAAAGUUUGGGGUCACCCAGACAAUUUCACAUUUUCCAUGAAGGCUCUCACUUUCAUUCAUAGAGCUGCUCCCUGGUGGUGCUUUUAGGGACGGAAAAGGACAAUUCUCCGUCCACGGAGGUGACGCGAACCUCGACCUGCAACGCCAAAAAGCUAGUUUUAAUCAAUUUUUUAACUCCCAAAAGGCAGGUCUGCUUUUAUUUUUUAUUUUUUAUUUAAUUUGUAGCGAUUGCAUUGUGAAAAAAAACAAUAGAAAUGCUCUACCGUUGAAAAGUUUGGAGUCAUCCAGACAAUUUCAUGUUUUCCACGAAAACUCCCACUUUUAUCCAUGUGCUAACAUAACUAACUGCACAAAGGUUUUCUAAUCAUCAAUGAGCCUUUCAGCACCAUUAGCUAACACAAUGUAGCAUUAGAACACAGGAGUGAUGGUUGCUGGAAAUGUUCCUCUGUACCCCUAUGGAGAUAUUCCAUUAAAAAUCAGACAUUUCCAGCUAGAAUAGUCAUUUAGUACACGGACAAAGUCUACGCUGUCUUUAUGAUUCAUUUAAUGUUAUCUUCAUUGAAAAAAACUGCUUAGGACAUUUCUAAAUGACCCCAACCUUUUGAACUGUAGUGUACAUCUGUCCAAGCAGCUCUUUAACUACUGAAGCUCGCACUAGUUCAUUCUGAGCUUCUGUUGAGGACCGCAGCAAACCAAACAGUUCUGCUUGUCCCAUGUGCCACUGCUGGAAAAGCCAAUAAAAUCCUCAUCUGUCUAAUUUUUCAUGCCGUUUGACAUCUCCAGUCGAGAUGUUCCUCCUUGGACCAAAUAGAUUAGCUGUGGUUUUGUUAAGCAAACGGAAGUCCCAAAGUUCUGGUUAAUCUUUUUGGUCACAGUAACUCCUGACUUAAGCAGUUCUUGGAUGUAGACCUUCAAAGCAUUGGUGCAACUCUGGAACCGGUUUUCAGAACUGGUCUGAGAUUAGACGCCGGCUCCAAACCUGCCUUGGUGAAAACGGGGUAAAAGUUCCAAGUUUGUCAAAAAUGGGGCUUUUCAUCUUUUACUGGUUACACGUGUCUGAACUCGUUAUAAUGUUUAAAUUAAAAAAAGGGGAAAUAUAAAAGACUUCACUAUGUAAUUAUCACCGUUACGUCUCACAAUUCUAUUAACUGUAAAUAAACCCUGAACAAUUUCAAAAACACUGCAAUUAACCGAUGGAAAGUGAAGUUUGCAGAAAAUUAGCAACAAUUUUCGAUUUUAAAAGCGCUUCUAUGGUCUAAAAACUUCCAUUUCUGUUCUGUAACAACUAAUCAGGGUUUGAUUCGAACCUUUACUCAGAAGCUCAAAGACAAUCAGUGAAAUCUGAACCGAUGCCCAACUCUGGAACAAAAAAACCCCCCACCAGAUCUUGUAAAUUCAGCUCUACUGUAUCAUCUGUAAUGCGUUCAUGUUGGAGCUCUUCUGUGUAACACCUCGUCUUUAAAGCUUUUAUUUUUUUGACUCUGUUCUUUUUUUUUUUUUUAAUGUGUUUUUACAUUUUAAUGUGUUUACUAAAUUAAUGGUCUGUUUUUUUUUUUGAUAGACUUUUUUUAUUCACACACAGCAUGCAUUUUUAAGACUUUCAAACUAACUUUGAAAAUUUCGUUUAAUUACAGAGGCUCUGCAUGUAAGAUAAUGAGACACGGAUGUAAUAUAAUAUAAUACAAGUUUUAACUACGAGCUGUAGGUGUUAGAAGAUUUGUAAAUGAACCAUUGUUAGACCGACUAAGGCCGACAUGUACUGUAAGUUCACUGUAAAGCUUCUGUACUGUUGUGUGUCUUCAGUGUUUGUGUGGCAAUAUAACACGGACUUUUUAUCUUUUUUGGAAGAAAUGCAGUGGAAACUAGUUAAAGAGAAAAGAAAGAAAUCUAUGGGCCUUAUGUGUAAAGCAUUUUAAGUAGUUUUUUUCUGUGUAUAUACAGUCAUAUACCCAUCUGUUGCACAUAUGUAAAUGUUUGCACACGUACAAAGAAGUCUUUUUAAAUGAGAAAUGCCCAUAAUUGUCUCACGUCAAAGGAUUUACGUGUUAAAAUGGGAAUGAAGGUAAUGUGCGGCUCCCCAAAGAAGACUAAUUUCACUUUGCUUGUUUUAAUUUUAACUAAUUUUUCAAGUAAUCUGUUUAGUUCAGCAGAAAAAUGUAAAGAAUUCAAAGUUAAAGUCCAUUUUUAUUUCAGCACUCUUAUUUCUUCAUUCCUUUCUCAGAGUAAAUAACAUUGAAGUACCGA